ACUUGUCAGUCAGUUCUGCUCUGCUGUUCCAACCUAGUACUUUCUGUGGUUGUACUUUAACGUUUUUAUUCUUCAAGAUCCAAACUGUCUAUGGAAAUGCUUCAGCUUUAAUAACUAUGGCGGAUUAUCCUUCCAAUGAUAUACUUACGCAGUAUAAAGCUAUAUCCAAUAAGCUAAAAAAACGAUUUUUAAGGAAACCCAACGUACAAGAAGCUAGUGAGCAGUAUGGUUCUCUUGCCAUGCAAUGUGAGGCUCAGCAAAUGCUUCCAUAUGCGGGUCUGUGCUGGCAAGCUGUGGCGCGAUGUGAGAACGAAUUGGGCCACACAAACGGAGAAAUAUCUGCCUUGGUCCGUGGUGGGAAAUCCUUCUUACAAGCAGAACGCAAAGGAGCAAGCAUAGGAUGCCAUCAUGUUGGUGGUGAAAAUCUUCAGGCUGCGCUGUGCUGCUACACGCGGGCGGGCCAGCGCUCCCAGUUCCAGGGCCCGCUGGGGAUGCCGGCCGCGGCCGGGAUGGCGCUCCAGGUGGCCGACGUCCUCCGGCGGGAGCUGGACAGGCCCGAGGCGGCGCAGCUGCACUACUUCAGGGCGGCGGAGCUGCUGCGCUCGAGCCCCAUGGCCUACAUGCACUCCCUGGAGAACAUCGCCAGCGGCAGGGUGAGCGAAGGCGACUACGACGGCGCCCUGGCCGUGUUCGAGGAGGUGGUGUCCAUCGCCCAGGGCGCUCCCAGCCCAGCGGUUGGCUGCUACCGCGAUCUACUGCACAAGUGCGAGGUGAGCCAGGUGCUGCUGCUCCUCCUGCUGCAGCCGACGCCCUCCAGACUACCCGCGCGGCUGGCUCAGCUGCUGGAGAGGUACACGUGGGGCGAGCACGGCGAGGGCGCGGAUGAGCUGGUGAGCGAGGAGCUGUUCCUGCUGCUGCAGUCGCUGGUGAUGGCCAUCCAGUCCCAGGACAUGCCCGCCCUCCGCACCCUCGAGGCCGACCUGUGGCGCCACCUGUCUGCCGAGCAGCGCACUCUGCUGCGCUCGCUUGUGCGCUCCGUCAGCAGGACCGUUUAGGAGGUGCGGGGCUGGCGGGCGGUGUAUCCUCGCAAUCGCACUGAACUGAAACGUAAGUUGACUUUCCUCCGCCGCGCCGGUUCGAGCAGCCGGACCACGAGCUGUCGGUUAUAUUAUAGCCGCAGUGACGGUUCAAGGGCGCCGUAAGGAGGGAGUAUGUAGAGUUAGGACGGAGAGGGGCUGAACCAGACUGAAUGAAAUAGUGUUACGGGUACCUGCUGGCAGGAAAUUAGAGAAUUUGAGGGAGGAAUGGGCUGCCAAACA